UUUGGAUCGGUCUUUUUCUCUACUCACUUCUCAGCUUUCUCUCUCCUCACCUUUCUCCAUGUUCUCUGAUAACACAACAACUUUCUCGCCACCUCCGAUCUCAUCUCCCUGGCGACGACUGCACUCCUCCAUAGAAAUAGCUUUUGAGGUCGACUUUCUCAUUUUUUUCUCCAUUGAAGCAUCUUCCGAGCUUUUUCCGUUCCUCCAUUAAAGCUAAUUCUGAGCUUUCCCAUUUAUUGAAGCAGCUUACAAGGGUUUAAUUUGAUCGAAAAUUAAUGUCGGGACCUCUUGAUCAAUUUGCUUGCUUGCAUUCUGGAUCGAAUGGCAAAAGGUCUGAUAUGGGCAACAACAGAGGAUUUAAUGAGGAAUAAGGGUCGAGUUCUAUCUUUGUACAGACAAAUAUUGCGAAGUCUCAAUUCUCCAGACUUACCGCUGCCCUUUGCAGCAAGAAUGGCCAAGAAAGCUGAGGUUCGCGCUAUCUUCAUGCUGGGAUCUGAAGAGAAGUCCCUACACAAUGUUGCUGACCUCAUAGAUGCUGCAGAGUACUCGUUAUCUCUCUUGAACAAAGGCGAAAUCCCUAAACACAUUCAAUGAAUACUUGAGAAAAUGCCUUACUACCAUAUGCUAUGAUUAAAGCUUGAUUUGUUCCAUGAGAUGCUUCUAAUCUGUUAAGGUGAUAUGUUACAAACCACAUUUUACAAAAAAUGAAAUGUGAUGCUACUUGCUGAUAAGGCCAUAGAGGAUUAGAGGUGGGAUGCUUGGAAUCUGGAAACUGUCACUGUUUGAUGGCGUGGGAGAAACUAUUUGUCUGCAAAUAUAACUUCGAGAUGCUUGUCAUUGAAAUCUGUAAACGCUGCCAUGUUGUACAUAAUUUUGUAAUAUCUUUUAGACGGCCACAUGAUAAUGAUCCUUGGAUACAUACUCUAAUAAAAUGGCCUUUAUGUUUAUGGUUUGCUACUUUGCUUACCCAAAAGUCAAACUUCAAUUAGAGAGGCGUACUGGCUUAGAGCUCCUUUGCUGCAUUGAGCUUAUUCAGUUUGAACCUUCUCGCUCCAUUUUCUGCCUUCCAUCAUCUCUCUUAUAUGGCUGAAUAUAAGUGUGAAAUUUAAUUGCGUUUCUGGCA